CACUGUCAAAGGUGGGCGGUCAGGGUAUUGGCAUUGGCCUUUGCUUUGGUGCUCUCGUCAGUCCGCGUUGGCACAAAAUGCAGAGAACAACGGUGCUCCUUCUGCUGCUCAUUCUGGCCACAAUCCAGGCUAAAGAGGAGCAAAAUAAUAAAAAAGAAGUCGACUGCGAAACUGCCAAAGAAUCUGUGGAGCGCAGUUUCCAGAUUUUGAGCAUCAGCACACGUCAAUUGGGACAAAAAUGUAGAGAGGAAAAAAGAGAGUGCGAUAAAAAAAUGAGAGAAUUUGCAAAGUUAGAGGAGGAAAAGAAAAAAUGCGACGAAUCUUUAAAAGGAUUGGAUGACGAAGUCGCAAACUACGCCUCGAGUUUUGACGAGCUCGGUGGCGAGCUGCAAAAAUGCAAACAGGAGUUGGAGAACGUCGGUGUUGGCACCGCGAGUCCGGAUCUAGAAGAUACCAAGACGGAGCUGGAAAGAACGAAAGGCGAAAAAGAAACGCUGGAAGCGGAGCUGGCGACUGAGAAGCAAGAAAAAAGCGAGUUGCAGGAGAAGUUGGAUGACACGAUAAGGGAAAAGACUACCUUGCAAGUGGAAGUAAACGCAUUGAGAGAAAAUGAGACUUUCUGGGAAAAUAUUGUCGCCAAGCAAAAAGAAAGCAAGGAAAGUUUACAAGUCCGGUUGGACGCGGAAAUCACGCUGAAAGAAGAAAUUACUAAAGAGUUGAGCGAAUUGAAAGAGGAAAAAAUACAGUUGCAAAAACUGGCUGCUGAAAAUUUGGUCAAUUACACAGACAUGCAAACACAAAUGGAACAGCUGAGAAAGAGCAUUGAUCGUCUUGAAAAUGAAAAUAAAAAUGUUCUGACGAAGUUGGCGAUUUGCAAUGAAUUGAGAUCAGAGCCGGUUGUUGAUGAUGACACAAAUGAAAUCGAUAACAAAAACAUGACUGAAAAAUGUGGACGUAUUGGUAGGGGCCUUGAACUGACAAGGACUAAUUCCGGAAUUUAUUAUUUCAACCACAUAACUGCCUUGCCGUGGUUGUCUGCCAAUGACUAUUGCCGCGCACGUGGCUUGGAAUUAGCUUCUGCAGAAUCAGAAGAUGAAAUUUUGGAAGUUGGUCGAGUCAGAUCACUCGGAUACCAUGUUGCUUUUUGGACAGCAGCUUCCGACAGAGGACACGCUGCUGGACAAUUCCACUGGCCGAGCGGGAGAAAAGUUGCUUCGGCCCUUUGGUUCCCGGGACAACCAGAUCAGGUCUCGCACGGUAGAGAAGAUUGCGCUUACGUUUACGGGUCAAAGCUGAAAGAUUCGCCCUGCUCGGCAUCGUUUUACUUUGCGUGUCAAGUACCUCAAGAGUGCAUUCCGCUUUUAAGUUAAUCGGUUUGGUUGAAGCAUUCUCAAAAUUGAAUCAAGUGGCCAUUUUAUAAAUUUAAAUAUUACCUCCUCUAUUUUACUAUUUUACGAUAUUUAUUUAAUUUAUUCUAAUAUCAAAAUCACUAAUAUGUACGCAUCUAAUGAGUAUAGCAAUAAUAAAAUAGAUUCUUUAUACAAUUUUUUUUAAAGCAAUCACAAUACCUGUUUAAAUUUGCA